AUGUCUCGGAAGCCACAGUUCACAACCUGCAGGUUGAACCCCACGGUCAAUCUGGGAAGUUGGACAUGUCCAACUGCCACUGCACCUGUUGCCGGCGAGCUCACUCGUGCCGGACAUUCACCCGGGUGGUCUGCACUCCGUUUGGAGGUGUUGACUUCUGCCGUGGAGCGUCUGAAAGGUGGGGAUUUGGUGGUCGCAAGAACCGAUCGAUGUGAUCACUUCGACAAAGAGCAAGUGCUUCUCAUCGUUGGCAACGUUUCCAAAGGCGGCAACUCUGGCAGACCAGAUAUCUCAGAAUCAGAGACGGAACUGCUGACAGUCGUUGGGAAGGUGGUUUGCGUCGAUGCUGGAUGCCUCGAGGCUGACCGUUUGCCCGACGUCAAGAGUUUCAUCCCCUGGUGCCGCGAGCAAGCACCUGCAUACUUGGGCUUCGUCCCAGCUACCAAGAAACAGAGACAGAAGGCAAAGCAGAGCUCAUUGGCCAAAGAAGGACCGGUCACGGGCGGCUGCAGCUGUGGCAGCUGCCGUUUCAAGCUGCCCAGGUUUCCAGAGGAAUUGCAGCACUGCUACUGCGGUAGUUGCCGGAAGCUUUCUGGUGCCGCUUGGCAAAGCUGGAUGCCCAUUGAGGAAGGUCAGUUGAAGUGGACUGAGAAGGUGCGCACUACAAGCCAUGCGAGGAGACAUGUUUGUACGACCUGCGGCGUUUUCAUGACCAUUGUCUACGAUGAAGACGGAGCAGUUUGGCCCCUGGCGGGCGUCAUUGAUGACUCAAGCUACACCAAAGAAGACCUUUGUUUGCAGGUCUCGGAUGUCUCUCACAUCUGUGUGAAGUUCAAGCAAUCCUGGUGGGUGCUCCCGAAUGAUGGGAUGCCUCGCAUCAAAGGCAGGAAGUGUGCAAAGAGAUGCAAAGAGCAUCAAAAAGCAUGA